CUUCAAAAGAUAAAGACGUGGAGAUGUCGGGAGUGUGGGUGUUCAAGAAUGGCGUCAUUCGGCUAGUGGAGAAUCCCGGAGCUGAUGAGACGAACAUUGUGAAGGCAAAGCGAAAGGUUCUGGUUUACACUCCAAGCAACGAGGUCAUAACCUCUUACUCACAUCUCCAGCGACAUCUUUACGCACUUGGUUGGGAACGUUACUACGAGAAUGCUCAUCUCCUUCAGUUCCACAAAGCAUCCACCGUUCAUCUCAUCUCGCUCCCCACUGAUUUCUCCAAGUUUAAGUCGAUGCACAUGUACGACAUCGUCGUCAAGAACCGCAACAUGUUCCAAGUCAGGGACAUGUAGUCAUAUUUUGGCGGUUUUCUAUUUUCAGGCUCUUAUCUGUAAGAUGGGUUGUGUGCACAUGGUGUGGUUUGGUAUGUGUUAUGUCUCUUGUGAAGCUAACUCUGUAUUUGAAUGUUGGAUGUUGUAUGUACUACUAUUCUGGAAAUAUUAAGUAUGUUAAUAAGUA